UUCCUUAUUCAUUGAUUGAGGUGUUAACUAUGACAACGUGUAACCAUAAAUUAGUUUUGCUAAUUCAUCGAUAUAAGAAGAACAAGACUUACAUAAACUAUGUAAACGAAAACAAAACUUCGCUUUUUCGAUUACAAAACAAUUACGAGUGCAGAAGAUGUUACGCGAUAAUUAUGGUAAAUGCUAAUGUUGUCGCGAUCGACGACUUUUUCCAUUAAUCUCCCAACAAAUUUCUAUCUAUUGUUCUAAUUGAGACGCCGAUAAACUGACAAUGCGCCGCUGUGUACACGUAACUGCAGAACACUCGCACACACCGGCCGCUAAGUGAAAACGAGUAUAAAAGCGAUGCAAAUUUCAAGUGCUAGCAUUACCCACCACCCUCUCGUGGAGUAAGGUGUUCACCAGUAAUCCAUCGCCGAAAUGUACUACCAUUAUUUCCUGGGAUUUUUGGCCGUGGUGGCUGCCUACCCUGGCAUCAUCCACGACGAGGCCCCGCAACUCGAGGCCAAAUACGACCACCAUGCCCUCAUUGGAGAAUCUGGGCAUCAUCAUCAAGUCGAGCAUGAACAUGCUAAGUCACACCAGUCGAUCAAAUUUGAGCACUUCCACCCCGUCCCCGUGUACGUGAAGAAGGAGCACAGCCAUUUGCUCAAGCACCCGUUGGAGAAGGGCAAGUCUGAGUCCAACUUGAAGCUUAUCCACCCUGAAACUCAGCACAACCAUGGACAUGGACUUGUUCUUGAAGACGACAGGCACAACACUGACCACCACGCCGCUGCUCUCGAGCACGGCAGUUUCGAGCAAGGAGGCUACGAGCACCUCUCUGGUGGCUUUGAAGGCGGCCACGGAGGUUUCGAAGGUAGCCACGGCGGUUUCGAAGGCGGCCAUGGUGGUUUUGAAGGCGGCCAUGCUUCUUUAGAAAGUGGUCACGGUGGAUUUGAGGGCUACAGCGGUGGUGAGGGUCUGAAGGCUUACUCUGAGCUGAGCCAACCCCAAGCUGAGGGCCACUACUACGCGGAGGCUGGACAUGCUCUCGCCGGAGAUUCCGGCGAAGGUUACAAAUACGAGAGCUAUUAACUGCAUUUAGUAUAGAGAUUACCACGGGCAUACAGCGUGGAGCUCGCUCCACCGUCUAAAGUAACUUUAGGUCUAUUUCUUGCCUGUUGAUAUUAGAUCACUAAGGUUAGAUCUGAGCUUGAAACUUAUAUGUAUUCAGCUUACGUUAUGCAGUUGAAAUGUCUCUUGUAGAUUCAAAAUGUACCUGAUUUAGGAUAAUUCUAAAAUUGUAUUUAGGAAAUUUAUAAGUAAGGUCUUGAAUUAUAUUGUUAUAGAUUCUUGGCAUUACGCGGCAAUUAAAUUAUAAAUGUUAGAACCAGUUCCGUUAGAUGUUAGAAAGUUACCGCGUGGUGCGAUUCAGAAUUGAUCGACUGCUUGUUCGUGUGAUUGUUUUCUUUGUAAUUGUUCUCUCGCUUGAUUCUCAUAUUAAUAAUUAUUGUGACUUAGGCGUUGAUUGAGUCCCAGAGAAAUUGUGAUAUUAAUAAAAUGUUUGUUUUUACAUAAG